GGUAAAAGGAGAAAGAUCAAAGAACACCAAAAUUAGAAUUGUGAUGCACAAAAUUUUUUGGGGUCUAAGGUUUUUUGCAUCACAAUCUAAACUGGUGUUCGUCAUCUACACGCCAAAAUCACGUAUUGCGAAGUCCAAGGUUUGUCAAAUCUCACAACCAAGGCACCAAAUUUCUCAACUCGUCGAAGUGUAUGAUCUAGGUUCAGAGUUUUUAUCAAGUUUUAGUGAUUUAAUCUUUCGUUUCAGGGAUUUUUCAUAUGAAAUAGCUCAGCAAAUUUUUUAGUGUUGCUAAUUUUUGUUUUCAUUAUCAUGGAAAGGGACAAAUGAAUAAAUUAAUUGCUAGUGGAGAGUGAUCAAAUUCAUAUAUAGAGGAUUUGUUAGCAGAACCUCAAGAAUAUAAUAAAAAUGUUCUUCCCAAUAUUAUAUUUUGAUUAAUCAAUUAUGUGCUUAGCUAAUUUGAAUUAUGUAAGCAGUUUUGUGUCUUGCUUCUAUUAGUUGGUUGGGUUUGGCCAAUUUUUUUUUUAAAAAGAGCUUCUCAGUUUUGUUGUUCUAAACUAUUUUAAAGCUUCUUUUUUGGUGGAGGUCAUUUCUUAUCUUGACCCCUUACACAGAUAUUUAUUAUUGUUGUUGUCCUUUGAACCCUCGUUUGCUUAGUUUUAUGUCAAUCGUUCGCUAUCUUGUUGGUAUCAUCAAGGGUUUUUUUUGAUCUUUUAUCACCUGCUCCGUUGGAACUUACUUUGUUGUAUUGGUGUUUUUUGAAGAGAAACUUAAAAAAGGUUUCCUGACGUCACUAGUUUCACUCUCUCUCAGUGAAUUCACAAUGCAUGCCAGUAGUUUCAUGUUGUUCCCCUUACAUCUAAGUGAGUGUAAAUAUCCCCUGUGGGUGUUGUUUUUGUGUAACAUGGUCUCACACUCUACCAAAAAAGAUGUCUUAACUUAAUCCUGACACACCAGCUAUGUGCUGAGCAUUGAACUUGAUUCCCAGCUUUACUUGCUGUCUUGGCCAACAUCAGUGCAUAAACCUUUCUUGUGUUUCUUAUCAGGCCACUCAAGCAUGAUAAUAUGACAAUGAUUGGAUAUUAAGGGUGGACAUCAGACAUCAAAAUUGUGUUUUAUAGGCCGAUGACCAAAAUUUGAUUUGUGAAUGCAAGUGUUCUUACAAAAGGAUUUUGUUUUCACCAUAUGUAAUAGCUGUUUUCAGAAUGAGAUUAUAUCUUUGGUAUAAAAUUUUGGAGGGUAGUUCUUGGAUUCUGUUCUACUGGUGCAGCAGUUGGUACACUAUGUCAUCCGCUGCUACUAUUUAAGUUCCUAUGAUUCUCAAACUCAUUCUCUCUCAGUCUCAACAGUCAUAGUGUUUAGUCUUAAACUUCUUAGUUACAUAAGAAAUGGCAGCGAAUGAUGUCCCUUGCUGUGAGACCAUGUUCUGGGUGUACCUAGUCGUAUGUGUUGUUCUAGUAGCUUUUGCAGGUUUGAUGUCAGGAUUGACUCUUGGGCUCAUGUCCCUUAGUCUUGUCGAGCUCGAGGUCAUGAUCAAAGCUGGUGAACCCCAUGAGCGCAAAAACGCUGAAAAGAUUCUGCCACUCGUUAAAAACCAGCACCUUCUCUUGUGUACUCUCCUCAUAGGCAAUGCUUUGGCUAUGGAGGCUCUACCGGUCUUUGUCGAUUCCCUACUUCCAGCUUGGGGUGCUGUCCUGAUAUCUGUGACUCUCAUACUUGCAUUUGGCGAGAUUAUACCUCAAGCUGUAUGCUCUCGGUACGGGCUGAGCAUCGGUGCAAAGCUAUCGGUUUUGGUUCGGUUGAUUAUCAUAAUCUUCUUUCCAUUAUCUUAUCCUAUCAGCAAGCUACUUGAUUUGCUUCUUGGAAAAAGACAUUCUACACUUUUAGGACGAGCAGAGCUCAAGUCACUUGUCUAUAUGCACGGAAACGAGGCUGGAAAAGGUGGGGAACUGACUCACGAUGAAACAACAAUUAUAUCAGGAGCUCUGGACAUGUCUCAGAAGAGUGCCAAAGACGCAAUGACACCGGUCUCUGAGAUAUUCUCACUCGACAUAAAUUCUAGGCUCGAUGAAAAGACAAUGGGAUUAAUAGCAAGUGAAGGCCAUAGCCGAAUCCCAAUUUACUCUGUGAAUAGUAGUGUUAUCAUCGGAUUUAUUCUGGUCAAGAACUUGAUCAAAGUCCGUCCUGAAGACGAGACACAGAUCAGAGAUCUCCCUAUCAGAAGACUGCCCAGGGUCAAUUCGAAUUUACCUUUAUACGACAUCCUCAACAUCUUCCAAACGGGUCGAAGCCACAUGGCUGCUGUUGUUGGGACCAAGAACUAUACUAAUACUAACACUCCUGUCCAUGACAAGAGCAUCAAUGGAACGCCUAAUAAAGAUGCCAACGUUGUUCCUGUGAUGAACUCCAGCGAAACUACUUGUCAAAGUCCAGUUCAAUACAUUGACAAUAUUGCUGAUGGAAAUGAAGAAGUCAUUGGGAUUAUAACUCUGGAAGAUGUUAUGGAGGAACUGAUACAGGAAGAAAUAUAUGAUGAGACAGACCAAUACAUCGAACUUCAUAAUAGGAUAACAAUAAACAUGCCAAUAUCGGUAAAUUCGCCGGAAACUGCCACUUGGGCUUCGGAGCUGGCAUCUCCUAUCUCUCCCUAUCGCUCAAGUCCUCUGUCGCCGAGCAUCAUGAUCUCUAAGCUGCUCCGGUCACCAAUAAAUUCACCUUACCGUCAGUCUCCUAUUCUCCGGCCAGCACUACACGCUUCUCCACCGGCACAACCUCCUCCCGUGCUCUCUCCGCACAGUAAUGAGCGUUAUUACUAUUUGUCUCCUGGUAGGGUACGUAACGUGACCCUCAAGAAAAUUGCUUUACAGUGUCUUUCUUGCACUAGAAGUUAAUUUCCCCUCUUUGCUUUUUGUUUCCGUUGGUUGCAGGUGUCAAGGAAAUGUUAUGAAAAGCUAUAAAUUGAAGAAAAAUGAAUUUAUAAUGUUAUGAUGACUCAUUCCAUGUUCUUAAAAAAAUCAGAACAUGCGGUAUUAUAUUCAUGAAAAGAAGAAAAAGAAAUAAAGAAGGAUAAAAUAGUAUGAAAAUGUGUGGUUA